AUGAUGAUGAAGCGGCUUAGUAAGUACUCAUCAGCAGCCCUCGUUGUUGUUAUUGUGGCACUGCUAAUUUCCCUUGUCCCGUUGUCCUCAUCCACCAGCUUUAGCGUCGAACUAAUCGACCCCGCCAACCCUAAACACCCUUUUUAUGACCCUCGUCAACUUAACACGAUCUUCACACCACCCAUCAACACACCUGUACUAACUUUGGGGUGGCAGUACUACGUGAGCUUCUCGGUUGGCUCCCAGGCCGUCCAACUGUUGGCAGCCAUGGACCUCGCCAGCGACCUCACGUGGAUACAGUGCACACGCUGCAACCCCUGUUCCCCACUCCCCAAUGGGGACCACGACUUCGAGCCCCAAAGUUCCAAGACGUACAGCCCUGUACCCUGCAGCCGCUGCCUGCCGCUGUCAUCAGGCUCUUCCAAGUGCAGCGGCACGGCGUGCAGCUACUCUGUUGGGCAUGCCGAUGGCUCAUAUUCCAGCAAUGGAGCUCUCUCCACUGAUUGGUUCAAGCUGGGCAAGACGAAUGUCCCCCACCCAAUCCACUUUGGGUGCGGGAACGCAAACACGGGCCUGUCAGGUGUGGUCGGCCUCGGGGAGGGGUUUGCCUCCAUCGUGGGGCAGCUGAACCAGAGGACGUUUUCGUACUGGUUGGUGCCCAGCUCAUCCAUUCUCACCUUUGGAGGGCCCACCGCGUGGGGCCGUGGGACCCUCACCCUUCCUAUGGUAAAAGGGCCCAGAAACGGCCCCCCCGGCUACUACCUCUACCUGCUAGGAGUCAGUGUGGAGGUUAAUAAUAGCCCAAGGACAUCCCCACCCUACAUUGGAGCACCGAUGCUUGUUAACCCGCAGACGACAGUGACCAGGCUUCCGUCUGUCAUCUACAAUUUUCUCAAACAGCAGGUGAUUAACAAGGUCCAUGGACAACUGAAACAAAAAAGAGAUCCAACACGAGUAUUCGACCUGUGCUAUGGUGCCAAAACAAACAACGAUGCAAACUUACCUGAAACAAUCACUUUAAACUUCCAGGGUGGGAGUGUGAGUCUGCCAAGGGUAAACAUGUUUGCUAAACUCGACAAUGUUGAUGUAGUGUGCUUGGCGGCCCUGCCGGCACAAAAAAACGCCGUUGCAGUCUAUGGUAGCUUUGCGCAGACAAACUUCGGCGUGGGAUUCAAUCUGGAACCUCCGAGGACCGUCUCAUUUAGGCGAGUAACGAAAAGGAACUGA